AGAUCGAGACCGAUGAGGUCCUCGUGGACCGUCGGCUCUUCCUUCUGCUGCUGCUUGCUGCUGCUUGCUGCGUGCUGCGUGCUGCUGCCAUGGUAGCCAUCGUACGUCAUUCGGGUUUGUCAUUCUCGUGUUCAUCGUCCUUGCUGCUGGCCACAAUAACGGCACUGGCGCUUCUGUGCUGCUGCUGCUGCUCCGACGCAUCCAUCCACCACUGCUUUGAACAGGACCGCGGCAACCAGUUGGACUCUGCUCCCGAAUCCGGAGACGCCGAACGACGAACCAAAAUCAACCAAAAAACGCCACGAAAACAACUGAGAAAUCGCCCAACAAAAUCGAAAAACCGAAAAAUCAAGCGAGAAUCAAGCGAGAAAAUUACUUUAAAUUCAUUUGAGUUUCCGGCAUUCCUAGGAGAGAAGCAUAACAAAGAAAAAGUAAAUAACUAAAAGUAAUCAAAUAUAGCACAAAUCCAGGAAAAGUAGAAGGAACAUAAAAAGGAGCAGAAGCGGAGAAGCUGAGAAGCUGAGAAGCAGAAGCCGAGGAGGAGGCUAAAGUGUCAAGAAGGACAUCAGGAGAAGUUUUGUCCACUGGCUGGCAAUUUAGAAAUUGUAUAAAAUGGAUGCGCUGCGCUUACGGGGUUCGCAAUUCAACCGUUAUGGAGGUAACUCCGGGUCAGGUGGCAGCAACCCGAACCCGCCACCGCCGCCGCAGGUGCACAGCAAGCCGGAGCCCUUGAUUGUGGUGGAGGAGUCCAAUUUGCCGGAGGAGCUGGAGGACAGCUCGGAGACAACCUUCUCGAAUCGCGCCAGUCUGGACAUUGACUCGCCGGUGAACCCGUAUUUGCUGUCCCCGUGGCGGGACCCGCGCGAAGCCCGCAAGCACUCGCUGCCUUCGCAACAGGUGACCGAUGGAAUUACCGCCAGUCAGGUGCGCCGUCUGUCCGAGCGCGGCGGCGAGGGAUCCGGACCUUCGCCCAAGGAGGCAGCCUUUCUCGCCACACUCUCACAGGCGCCGGCCCCAUCUGGACGCCGGCACUCGGUGGUCACCAUCUCGAAGGUGCCAACCACUCUCUUUGGACGUUCGCGUCGCGAAUCGGUGGCCGCCUAUCCCAGCAGCAAUGGCAGCAGCCGCGUGCUCAACUCACGGCGGGAGAGCAACACGGGCCCGCCGUCGACAGAUCCCAUCGGCAGCAUCCACAACCUGCAGCUGGACAUUAUGGACGACAUCUAUUUGCAGUCGCGGAAGGCUCGCUUGAAGCUGUGGACCUCCAGCAACGAGAAGGUCUGCGAGGUACAGACCGUUGACGAGGCCGGGACAGCGGGCCCGGGGAGGCGCUACACCAACCGUCGCUUCUCGGAGUGCCCCCAGCCGCAGCCGGCUAGCAGCUUUCGCCGGGCCUCGGAGUAUCCACAUGCACCGCCACACCCGCACCCGCAGGCACAGGCACAGGCUAACGCCCAGGCUCACGCACAUGGACAGGCGUCUUCAUCGCAGAAGAGCAUCUCGCCCCAGCCGCCGUCGUCGGCCAGGGCCUCGACACGCCGCAAGAAGUCGGGCAGCGGAGUGGGGCUGCUUGGCAGCCGCACGGACAUCGCUGGCAUCUUUAGCUCGCUGACCAGCUCGGCCAUGGACAUGCAUCGCUCAGAGCCGGAGGGGAGCUCCAGCGCCAGUGCCAGCUCUUCAGCUGCCACUGCCGGAAGUAGCCCCUUCCUCAGCCAGACGUUCCAGAACGCCGCCCGGGGCCGUGCAACCAGUGCCACGCCUACGCCGACGGCCCAGGCAGGCGGGGGACAGGCGGCCGCAGCAAGCAGCAGCAGCUCACUGCUAGACCCGAACGCAGGCCGCUCGACACGAUCCAACAGCUUCGAUGUCUCGAUCCUGAACAACGCCAAGCAGCUGGUGAGCGAGGCGCAGGACAACAGCUCUGCCGCCAUAUCCGGGUGGUUCGGCAAGCCGGCAAGUCGUCCCCAGCCACUGGCCCGCAAGAAAAGUGUGCGCAGCAAGAGCACGGCCAUGGCCCUGUCGAAGGACAUGUUGGACCGACUGCAAAAGAAGGACCCGCUCGGCGGGGACUCCGGCAAGCCGAAGCUCAAGCCUCGCAGCAAGCAGAAGAGCUGGGCCGACACCACCAAGGCGAACAUUGUGGACGCGACCAUGCUGGGCACGGCGAUCGAGGGCUUCCUCCGCAAGAGCUCCAAUGCCGGGAUGUCUGGAGCUGGCAGUUCCGGCGGACCCUCCACAUCGGCGGCUGCCCGUGGGGCUGUGCCCAAGGAGUCUAGCAGCGCCACAGGCAGUCCAGCUGGAGCACGACGUAGCCGGGCGUCUGUGGGCAGUGGCGCCCAGUCGCAGGCCGGGCGGGCCAUGCGCUCCACUCUGAAUUGGUUCAGCAAGGGCGACGAGGACGACUCGAAGGACACGUGCGAUGCUUCGCUGUGCUCCACACUCAAGGACCUAUUCGUCAAAUAGGUCGGGGGACGCAGAGGCAAGUAAGGCUCUGGGACUGACCCCUGAACAGAUCCUGGCCGUUCAGCAAAGGCGAGCUACUUGUAUCUCUGAGAUCCGGAAAUAUUCGUAUCAUUUGUUAACCAUUGGAAAAAGCGAACUUCAACACCAAAAAAACCAGACACCAGCUAGGCAGAGAGCGAACAACAAGAAUAACCGCAAAAAUUUCACCAUUUACUAUAUAGCAAAAUGGAACACUCCCUCGAGGAGUAAAUAAUAUUUGAAAUACUUUAUUGAACCGUCAGUGAAACUCAGUUUAGAGUUACUGAAACAGUUACCCCACUAAAGACAAAAUACCGAAAUAUUAGAAGAAAAAAAAAAAACACGAUAUACGGCAGCUAAAGCAGCCAUAUUGGCACUGCAGAGUUCUACUAACUUAGAUCUUUUCGAAAGUACAUACAUACAUACAUAUAUACAUACAUAUGUGCAAACUAGUUACUAGUAUAAGUAUCACUCACAUACGAACCAAUCAACACGAGUAAUCGGGACAGUGACGACCCACCCAAUCAAUCAAUCAUCCAAUCGUAAAGCAGACCUGCAGUAGUGCAUUAACAUAGUAACAUUAACUGACCGUCAAACAUAACUUACAAAUCACUUACAGUAACUGAACGAGAGACUAGAAAUGUGAGACAAAUCGUAUGCCUAACAGUAAGUACAGUACAGUAAGUGGAACAGGAAUAGGGAGUAUGAGUAUGUAAUUGGAACCAUAGCCGUGCCUGAAACACUAAUUACAACUGAUUCACGAACAGUAACAGUAACAGUAACAGUAACACUUACAGUAACAGUAAGCAAAGUAGCGAAUAAUGCAAAAACGGUAAAAGUAUAACUAACUGGAAAGCAUAGUACAAGUAAUAGUAAAUGAAGCAAUAGUAACACCAUACACGAAAAACGAACAAUAACAGCAACACAAGCGUUAACCACUAAGAAAAGCACUCGCACUAACGAGUAA